AUGGCAAAUAUUUCCGACGAGGAUGAUUUAGAUUUGGAAAGCCAGGUUAGAAUAAUGAACAAGCCAUCCAUCAAGACUUUUACGACUAAAGAAGGAGACACAAUUGACUGUGUUGAUAUCAACAAGCAACCAGCACUUGAUCAUCCCCUACUGAAGAAUCAUAAAGUUCAGAAAGAGCCGAAUCUACACGUGAGCUUGCGCAAAACUUCUCCGAUUACAAAAUCGGUGGUUUCUCUAACAGACCUCAUGGUAGAAAAUAUUAAAUACGGAGGAGGUGGACGUGUGACGGUCUACAAUCUAACUACUACUCCUGAUCAAUUUACUUCACAUCAUGUGUGGAUUGAAUCUGGUCCCUCGGAGAAUGUUAGCAUGAUUAUAGCUGGUUGGAUGGUUGCUCCACCAUUAUUUGGCGAUACCAUUUCUCGGUUGUUCACGUAUUGGACGGGUGAUGGCUAUCGCAAUGGGUGCUAUAAUGCACUAUGUCCGGGUUUCGUCCAAGUGAGUAGGGAAGUAACCCCCGGUUUUAUAUUAAAACCUACUUCUACUUAUGGUGGAGAUCUAUAUGAGCUUGCAAUUGAUAUCGAACAGGAUCGAAAUACUGGGAAUUGGUGGUUGGUUGUGCUCGGGGCAAAGAUUAAAGUAGGCUACUGGCCAAAGGAACUAUUUUCAUAUUUGCGCGAUGGCUCACAAUACAUAGCUUGGGGAGGAAUUGGCUCAGCUGGAAGCGAUGGGAUCUGUCCCCCAAUGGGAAAUGGUCACAUGCCUGAUGAUAAUUUGAAGCAUGCUGCCAUCUUUCGACAACUCCAUUGGGUUCGAUCAGAUGGCAAAUCCCUACCUCCUUCGGAUAACACGAGGGAGUGGGUGGAUAGAUCCAAUGUUUAUGGUUUGGUGAACCAUCACCAUGUGAAACAAGAUCGAAGUGGCUAUGCCAUUAGUUUUGGAGGUCCGGGGGGUUAUUGCAGGGGAUAG